GUGGAAGGAGGCGGGCCGCUUGGGGAUGGCAGAGGUCGCGCCAGUUGCGCCCGCGGCGGCGGCCCCGGCUUCGAAGGCGGCGGCGAAGAAGGCGGCGGCGGGGGGCGCGGCGAAGUCGCGGAAGCCGUCGGGCCCCAGCGUGACGGAGCUGCUGAUGCAGGCGGUGACGGCCUGCAAGGAGCGCGGCGGCAUCUCGCUGGCCGCGCUGAAGAAGUCGCUGGCGGCCUCCGGCUACGACGUGGAGAAGAACAACGGCCGCAUCAAGCUGGGCCUGCGGAGCCUGGUGACCAAGGGGGCGCUGUUGCAGACCAAGGGCACGGGCGCCUCGGGCUCCUUCAAGCUCAACCGCAAGCAGGCGGGCGCCAGGGACAAGGCGGCGGCGGCGGCGGCCCGCAGGAAGCCCCCGCCGCAGCAGCAGCCGCCGGCGGGGGCGGCGGCCGCCAGGAGCGCCAAGAAGCCCAGCGCCUCCGCCGCCGCCAAGAAGGCGAGGAAGGCCCCGGGGGCCGCCAAGAGCACCAAGAAGCCCGCCAAGAAGCCCGCCAAAAGCGGCGCCAAGAAGCCCAAGGCGGCGGCCAAGGCCAAGAAGGCGGCCAAGAGCCCCGCCAAGGCGCGGGCGGCCAAGCCAAAAGCGAAGCCCAAGACCCCGAAGGCUAAAGUGGCGAAGCCCAAGAAGGCCGCGCGCUGAAGAGGCGAGGCCUCCGGCGGGAGACGCGUUGCUCGAAAACCCCAAAGGCUCUUUUAAGAGCCACCCACAAAAACAUGGAAAAG